GCUAGCAACAUAUGUUGACAUGUCUAGUGAGAGGUUAGGAAAAGGUUUUGUUAUGAAAUAGUAACGUAGUGCCUGGAAUGUGGAUUGGAACUUCACAUCAGGAAGGAUUUAUCUUUGAUCGAUUAGUUGAAUUUACCACAGUUUGCCACCGUCACCGCUUGUCAUCGAUACAUCAACGAAUUAUAAAAUAAAAAAUUUAUCCGUUAAUACAGACACGGUUAAAUUGUGGUCAGAUUUGCUAUGGAUCCAGCCUUGCUCAAAGAGCGAGAGCUCUUCAAGAAACGUGCUUUAACUACACCAGUAGUUGAUAAAAGAAAGCAAGAGAAGGAAACUGCCAAAGAUGAAUCGAAGAAGAAACCUAAAGUAUCAUUGGUAUCUACAGGACCAAAGUUGGACAUGGUUAAUUAUAAAACCAUGACUGGUAGUACACAAUAUAAAUUUGGCGUGUUAGCGAAGAUAGUAAAACAUAUGAAAGCAAGGCAUCAGGAAGGGGAUGAUCAUCCGUUAACAUUAGAAGAGAUUUUGGAUGAAACAAAUCAAUUAGAUGUUGGAUCAAAGGUGAAACAGUGGCUACAGACUGAAGCUUUAGUACAAAAUCCUAAAAUUGAAGUAACUGAAGGUAGAUUUGUUUUUAAACCUAUGUAUAAAAUCAAAGAUAAAAAGUCCUUACUGAGACUUUUAAAACAGCAUGAUUUAAAAGGUCUUGGUGGUAUAUUAUUAGAAGAUAUACAGGAGAGUUUACCACAUUGUGAUAAACAUUUAAAGAGUUUACAAAACGAGAUACUAUACAUUAUACGACCACUUGAUAAGAAAAAGAUUAUUUUUUAUAAUGAUAAGACAGCGCAAUUUCCUAUUGAUGAGGAAUUCCAAAAGUUAUGGAGAGCUGUUGCAGUAGAUGCUAUGGAUGAUCAAAAAAUAGAUGAAUAUCUUGAAAAGCAAGGAAUUAGAUCAAUGCAAGAUCAUGGACUCAAGAAGCCAGCACCAAUCAAACGAAAGAAACCCGUUAAUAGAAGAAAGCAGUUUAAGAAACCAAGAGACAAUGAACAUUUAGCAGACGUUUUGGAGACAUACGAUGAUUAAAUAAGAAUUGUAUGGAUUAUCCCAUUAUCAAGUAAUUUAUCACUUUUUUACGUAAUAAUUACUAAAAUAUAACUAAAUGUAAAUAAGAAUAUUAUUAAAUUAAUUUUGUAAAUAAUAAAUAUUUCAAGUAAAAGUAUAAACAUAAAUUCAUAAAUCAAUCAACAUAAAAAGCAUUUUUGGAAAAGCAUUCUUUUCUUAGCUUAUGUAGUCACUAAACGCAACUUAAUACAUACAACACAUUCCAAAUGUUCGUUUACACUAUAACGAUAUUUAAAAUAAAUUUAAUGUUUAAUAAAAAUUGUAGCUAUGAUUUAUUUCAAGUAUAUAAUAAAUACAUGAAAAUUUAUUGUCAUUUUGUAAGUACAAAGUAAAUAGAAUUGUGUAAGUCGUAACACUUAUAUUGUGGCUGUGCUCCGAUAUACACUGUCAGUACUAAAAAUCUGUUACAUAUACUUAUAGAUUUUCAGUAGUGAAUUUUGGAACGCAGUUUAUAUGUAUUUUGUUUACACACUCGCAAUCAGCCUUUCAGAUUUGAAAGAAUGUUUAAUUUGGUGGAACAAUUAAAAAA